GAUAUCCAGCGUGUCUUCUUCAACAUAAAUACCACCAACUACAUAUUAUUAUUUCCUCCACAAGAUGGCAGCACAACUUACUCACAAUGCGAUCAAAAGGAUGUUCGAAGACCAAAACUUGGAGAUCGAAAAUCUGACUGUCCAAGUGAUCAGUAUCAAGUCAGUCGGAGUAUCCAACGUGUCUUCAGCACCUGAAAGAUGGAGGAUAAUUAUCUCGGAUGGACAGAUGUUUAUAACGGCGAUGUUAGCGACCCAACUGAACCACUUUGUGCAAGAGAACCAGAUCAAGAAGCAUUCGAUCCUGCGAGUUCCGUCCUACACGGUCAAUGUGAUUGGCUCGCGGCACGUGGUAGUCUUACUGGGAGUCGAGGUGGUCCAAUCGGACUACCCGGAGCGCAUCGGCAAUCCCGUCAAUUGCGACGCCGAGGCCAACGCCAACAAGGACAAUUCGAACACCAAGCCCGCCCCCGCCGUCUUGGCCAACCGAUCCAAUGUCGCCCCUCCUAAGCCUGAUGUCAAGCCUGACAUCGACGUCAAGCCCAAACCCUCCUCCUAUAAACCUAACAUCCCCGCCUCUAAACCUAACAAACCUGGCGUCCGUCGUACUGGUAAUCACAUUCCUAUUGCGGGAGUCAGUCCAUUUGCUAACAACUGGAAAAUCAAAGCCAGAGUCUCCCAAAAAACGGAAAUCAAAAGAUGGUCGAAUUCACGAGGAGAUGGGAAGCUAUUUUCGGUGACCUUCUUAGAUGACAGUGGACAAAUCAGAGCGACUGGCUUCAACGAUGCGGUAGAUAACUUAUACGACUCUCUGCAAGAAGGCCAAGUUUAUUUGAUCUCUCGAGGGAAGAUCACUAUUGCUAAGAAACCGUAUAAUACGACCGGCCAUGAUUAUGAGAUCGUUUUCGAAAACACUACCGAAGUCGAAGAAUGUGGAGAUAGCGCUGACACGCCUAAGAUCAUCUUAAACAAAUUGACUAAAUUGAGUGAACUGAACGAUGUCGAGAAAGAUGCGGUUAUCGAUGUCGUAGCCGUCUUGAAAGAUGUUGGUGAGAUCUCGGAGAUAGUGAGCAAGGCGACUCAAAAGACGAUAGUGAAGCGAGACAUCACGUUAAUCGAUCAAUCGGCGUAUUCGAUUCGAAUGACGUUAUGGGGGAAGACGGCGGAGACCUUUGAGGCGCCGACGGAGUCGAUUGUGGCCUUCCAAGGGGUCAAGGUGGGAGACUUUGGGGGCCGGAAUCUGAGCAUGAUAUCGAGCUCGGUGAUGCUCGUGAACCCGGACAUCCCGGAGGCCUUUGAUCUGAAAGGAUGGUACGACAACGAAGGCGUGAAUGCGAAGAUCCAGAGUUUCGCUAACACCGGCACCGGCAUCGGCCGCGAGAUCACCGAGGACUCGCUCAAGACUGUCGCUGAAAUUAAGGACACUCAGCUCGGAAUGAACGAGCGUGGCGACUAUUUCAACUUCCGGGCCACUAUUAUGUAUAUCAAGAGUGAGACGAUCAGCUAUCCUGCCUGUCCGACCGAACGUUGUAAUAAGAAACUCUUGCGCGAUGGAGACGAUGAAUGGAGAUGUGAGAAGUGUGAUAAACUCUUCCCAGCACCUGACCAUCGAUACUUGAUCCAGAUGACAGUCCAAGAUCAUACGGGAACGCUCUGGCUCUCAGGCUUCAACGAAGUCGGCCAGAUCAUCUUACCGAUGAAUGCCAACGAGCUUAUCGGGAUCAAGGAGACCGACGAGGCCCAAUACCAAAAGAUCGUCACCGACGCCACUGCCAAGACUUACACCAUGGUCUGUCGCGCUAAGGAGGAAACUUAUAACGACGUCAAUCGGACUAAGUAUUCCGUCCUUCGCAUCGCCCCCGUCGAUUGGGUCGCCGCCGGCCUCCAAUUGGCCGAAACUUUACUCAAGAAUUAUUCCGCUUGAAUCUCCCCCCCCCCCCACCAACUCUUCUGACUUCACUGCCUUGUUCCUCGUCCGUGAAUCACCUCCUUAUUUAUUCCCUUCCUGCUUUAGGUAUUUUUUUUUCCUUUCUGACAAAAAAAAAAUGAACCAAGAUCAAGACGGUUCACUCAACAACAGGCUUUCAGCUUAGUUUUAAGACUCACCCUUCCCCCCUCUGUCCUCAUUUUUAUUGUUUUGUUUGUCUUUCCCAAUAUCAAACUGUCUUGAUAUAAACCAACUGACAAACAAACAACAAAGACGAAAAAAAAUAACGAUCAGUCAAUCAAUGUACUUUUACUUACAAAUCCAAAUCCAAAUCCAAAAAAAAAAAUGUUUAGAAAAGAGGAAACAUAAACAAAGAGCAAUACAGGUAUACAUUAGUGAAGAGAACCAUGGAUUUGUUUUUGUUGGUUGUUACAUACCAAAGGUCACUAACCUUCCUGUAGUUUGGUCUGGAGCCACUGAAAUCAAAGCAUACUUCAAGUUCAAGUUCAAAUGGAGAGCAAGCGAUGAUAUCACCGUCCUCAUUACACUCCACAACUCUGCUACAAUCUCGUCACAAGUUUCAGCCUGCGUUGUAACCCUGCAGCACCAUCUUCUUGCCUCGAAAAGCCCGAGGUUUUUUUUUUUUUUUGAUAGAAGGACUCCAAGUAAUAAGAUCAAAUAUUGCAUUCGCUCAUUUGUCAUAGUGACGAUACAUAUUUACAGAUUGAGUAACGAAUUAACACAAGUCCGAAUAUUUGUACAUCUCCAAAGGAAAAGAAAAAAUAGAUAGGUACAUAUCCAUAUGUGGAAGGAAGAAAUCGAC